AACCGGAAGCGGAGCAGAUCAGCUUCAGAGGGUAUCAAGAGGUCGCUGAGGAGUGUGGGACGGUGGCGGACUGUAUUAAUGUCUGCCUACUCAUUGGUAAGGUGCGUGUCCCCUGUGUCCGCUUCGGUCGCCUGUUUAGGAAUGCACCCUAUGGCAUUGGAGCUGGUGUAGAUCGCGAGGAAGUCGCGUUAGGGACGAAUUCGCUGUUUUCGGCGCUUGCGCUGUCAUUUUCAACCAUCGGUUGACAAACGUCGGAGCUUGCGCCGUAUUUGUCGAUGCAUUGAUAGCUAGCCAGCUAGUUAGCAGGAGAACUAGUCCAUUCGGUGACUGGCCAGCCAGCUCGCAUUCUGAGCUUUUAUAACCGAGCACUCAAGUUCAGGUUCUUGAACCGGACUACCUACUGUUAGUACACUGGUGUAUUAGCAAACCAACGUUACUCAAUCAGCAAAAAGCGUGACUCGAGGGGGGCAGGGAGAGCACGACGGAGGCGCGGUGAGCCAGGAGCGGCCGAUGAGUUCAGACCAGGGCGGAGAGCCGCAGCUGCAGGAGGAGGCUGAGCCGGGACCCAAACCCCGUGGGGAGGACGAGAUCACACCCGGGACCGGGGGAGACUCAGGCGUCAUGGUCACCGCUAAAGGAGCUGGUCUGAACCCUAAUGCCAAGGUGUGGCAGGAGAUCCCUGCAACACAAAGUGAAGCUCCUGUGGAUGGCACCGUCGCCUCCCCCUGGUCCCAGAACAAUACGGCUGAAGGUAAACCGUACACCCCUGGCUUCUUCACUCCUGAGGACAACUGCCCCUCUGGUACUGUAGUUGGUGUGGUGAACGGUAUGGACCCCCCUGACCAAAGCUUCCCGGUUUCUGAGCACACUACAGCAACUAAUGUGGAGUCCAAGCUCCCUGAGGAACAGCCUGUCUCUGAAGAGACUUUGCGUGAGUCUCUCAAAAAAGAAUUGGAGUUCUGUUUCUCCAGGGAGAACUUAUCUAAAGAUCUAUAUUUAAUAUCUCAAAUGGACAGUGACCAGUUUGUCCCUAUUUGGACUAUUGCCAGCAUGGAAGGAAUCAAGGUCCUAACAACCAAUACGGAUCUCAUCUUGGAUGUCCUCAGAUCAUCUCCUAUGGUCCAAGUUGACGAAAAAGGUGAAAAAGUGCGGCCAAAUCACAAGCGAUGCAUCAUCAUUCUGCGAGAAGUCCCUGAAACAACACCUGUUGAGGAAGUGGAAACCUUGUUCAAGAAUGACAACUGUCCCAAGGUAAUAAGUGUGGAGUUUGCACACAACAACAACUGGUACAUUACAUUCCAAUCGGAUACAGACGCUCAACAGGCAUACAAAUAUUUAAGGGAAGAAGUGAAGACAUUUCAGGGAAAACCAAUCAUGGCCAGAAUAAAAGCCAUCAACACUUUCUUUGCGAAGAAUGGUUACCGCAGUCUGGACUGCAGUGUAUAUCCUCAGCAAUCUCACACUCAGUCCCAGUACAGCUCCCCUCUCUUCAUGCAGCCCGUUUACAGCCCCCAGCAGCAGUACCCACUCUAUGGCAUAGUACCUCCUACCUGGACGGCUUCUCCUACUCCAUACUUUGAGACUCCCCUUGCACCUUUUCCCAACAGUGGUUUCGUCAAUGGAUUUAGCUCAGCUGGACACUACAAAACUGGCUCAAAUUCUCUCAACCUUAACCGUCCCUUUAGCAGGAACCGUGUUCCACUCUAUUCAAGAAAGAAUGUAAUAAAUGCUUUCAGGAAUCAUGUGAAGCCUCAGACGAGAGCUAAUGAUGGUCUUUCUUCCACUGUGUCCCCGGUGGCUCUUGUGGAUGGACUGUCUGGUUUGCACAGUCCUCAGCCUCCCUCCAGCGCCGGGCCAGUGCUGUCAUCCACUGAGCUCAACUCAUCUUUUCCACACCUAGCUUCCAAUGAUCCGAAUGAUGAUGGUACCAUGGUGGGACAUGGAAGGAGAACGACGUACAGAGGCACUCGAAGGCGGCGAGAGGAUGAUCGCACAACAAGACCAGUUCCCCUGUCUCAAGUCAGGGUACCACCCCCCAAGUUUGACCUGGCUGCCUCCAACUUCCCUCCGCUGCCGGGCUGCUCUGCCAGUCCACCCGGGGAGCCUGUGCUGGAGAACCGCCUUUCUGAUGUUGUACGGGGCCUGAAUAGGGAAAAGCAACAGGAUUCAAACAAAGAGCCUGCUGUGAGUCCCGCAGCCCCAGCUUCAGAGGAGACCGUCUCCAGGCCCACCCAGCCUGUAGCCAAGAUGACUGCUCACAUCCCUGAUCCUGUGACCUCCAGCUCCAACCACCUGGAGAUGAAACCGGAGAAGGUGGAGCCUCCGGUCUAUAAAGAGACGUCUGUGACCUCUGCCCCUGUAACAGCCGUGCCACCCAACCCUGUCCCAACAGCAUCUGGUCCAAAGCCUCAGGCCACCUCGGCCACGCCUGCAGCCCCCCAAUCUAACACUGCCCCCUCCAGUACCCCCGCGCUGGAACCUCGUAAACUCAGUUACGCCGAAGUAUGCCAGCGACCACCUAAGGAUCCCCCUCCUCCAGCAUCCACUUCCAGCCUCAGCAAUGCCAGCACGCAGCCUCUGAGAGAGCUGCGCGUCAACAAGGAGGAGGAGCAGCCCUCCAGCCCUGCAAACAAACAGGAGCGCCCUCAGGAAUCAGGGGGAAACUGCAAGGCCAGGGAGGGCCGACCGGCCCGUGACUCCCAGGGCUUUUCUCGCAGCAAUGGACCCCCCAGAACCAAUACAGGGGGGUUCAAGCUACGGGAGCAGCAGAGACGCCCUCCUUUCGGCCAUCGCAGUUCCCCCCAGGGAGGUUCCAGACACACUGGAAAAGAGCAGAACAUCCCCCCCAUAUCGCCAAAGUAAAGACUCUAAACAGAAUCCUUAAUGUAUGAAUAUUUACACACGCAUAUAUAAGAAGAAUAUGUAAAUAUAUAAAUAAAUAUAAGCACAUAUAUAUAUAUAUAUAUAUAUAUAUAUAUAUAUAUAUAUAUAUAUAUAUAUAAAAAAAUGUGUCUAUAAGAUAUUAAAUAUGAUAUCAAAUUUAAAAUGGUAUUCACCUCUCCUGCCUGGAGCACUUCCAGAGGAAACGUCUCAUGAAGUGACAAUGCACAGACUCGGGUAUCCAGGCAAAACGGGCAUCAGAAAUUGGAACAAGUUGUUGCUUGCUGAAGGACGCCAUUGCAUAGGAAAAAAAAAAAAAAACAUUUUAUGCUUCUAACUUGACAAUGUCCCUUCAGAAUGUAAAUCCAUGGUGAUUUUUUUUUCUUUCUUCUUCUUGAAAGGAGGGGGGGCCUCUCUUAGUUUUGGAGAGGUGAAAUGAGAGGUCUGGUGGCCCUGAUGGUGGUCUGCAAAGAUCAUAUGCACUAAGAAAAGGAACAUGCAUAAAUGAUGUCAUUAACCUAUACAAAAAUAUCACUUUGACAUGCAAUGAUUCAUCUUUUUCUUUUCUUUUGUUUUCGGUUGCUUCAUUCGCAAUCACGGGACACUGGGCGCUCGACCCCUGCGGUGGUUUGACCAUGUAAAUGAACCUUCGUGUGGAAGGAUGUGGUUUGCUUUAGAGUCAGUUCCUCUGGGAUUUAGAUCCUGUGUAGAAUAUGCCAUGCGUGCUUGAGUGAGUAAUUUUGCAAGUAUCUUUAGGGCUGACAGUGCGAUUUGGUCUGGAGUUAUGCUUUAGUUUGUGUGACAUACUGUAGUGAUUAAUUCUGGAACGGGCGCUCAGAUUAACUUAUGAUCAACUUUGGAGCCUUGUUAUCGAUUCAGAUAUAUAGCCUACUAUCACUUCAAGAAGUCAAAGCCUGCCAAUUAUGAUGCUGUUAUGUCACUGAUUUGCUAAUGGGUGAUUUGUUUCUUUUUUUCUUUUUAUUUUAUGUGUGAUUUGUCAUUGUUUUUGUAGCUAGUUUGAGUAACCAACAGCCUGUGAAUGAUAAUGCUUAACAGUCUGGUACAUAGGCACUCUUGAACGUUGUGUCAUCUCAGAUUUGUGCUCUUUGUUUUUUGUGCAUUCUCCUUCCUGGACCGCUCAAAUGUCCACUCAAAUAUCCCGAAAAUCAGUCAGGUUCUUGACUAUGUUUACAACAAGAUUGUGGUGGUGGAUUGGGAUAUUGCAAGACUGAGUCAAGAAUCAUGUUCGUUAUGUGGAUUGGUUCUUAUUUAGAGGUUUUCUUAUGUUAAUAAUCAGUACAUUCAGAGUUGAGUGAUUGUAUGUAGCUGUUGGUCAUCAUGAUAUAGCUCAAGCUGCUCUGAGGUUUAGUUUCUAUCCAUUACUGUUGAAAUGAUCACUGUUAUAUCCAAGCAAUUGUUUCUAAAUGAAGGCACAUUCAGCUUGUCUGUUUGUGUUUCAGUGGAAGAAAGCAACGGAAUCUCCAGUGCUGAAUUGAUGAUUUAUGUGGAAAUGUAAUGCCCAGAGUGGGUUUUCUGGCUCAGGGUUGACGUUUCAUCUCAUUCCUGUCAUUUACAGCAUCCAUACUAGUUUCAUAUAUAUUUAUAUAUAUAUAUGUAUGAACAUCCAAUUCGGUAAUGCUUAAAAGGCACAGUCAUUUCAUGCAGUUUUAUAGUUUGAAGGAGUUGAGAUUCAAAGGAGAAUCAAAUGUUAUAUACUUGAUUUCCCCGAUUAUGUCCUCCAUGAAUUGUAACACAAACCCCAUAUUUAAACAAAUACAUUUCUUCCUCCCUAGAAUGAACAUUUUGACUGUUGGAUAAAUGUCAAUAUCUGUUAAAAUCCUCGUUAUGAUUGCUGCAAGGUUUCUUAUAGCUUUGCCAAGGUAAUGUGAGUGUUGUCAUUGCUAUGCCAAUGUCAGCGUGUGUGUUUUUUUUUUUUUUUUGUGAUUUGGGUGGCAUGUGUUUGGGUAAUUAGAAAUUGACCGAUGCAUUGGUAGAUGGUACUUGAUAGUGACUGAGAGGAAAAUGAAUAACAGGGGUGCGUUCACUACAAAAUAUUGCUGUGGUGAAUUGGUGCUGUUAUUUGAAUGUUUAAUCAGGAGGAUACAGUAUUGCUGUUCAAUUCAUUGUAAAGUAUUGCUUUUAAAAAAAAUAUUUUUAACUUAUUUUAAUUCUGCUGUCCAUCUCCAAUACAGUCCCCUGUUCCUUGUAAGUUUAUCAUGACUUAUGUACAGAAAGACAUUGGGAGAGCAUCACAGAUUUAACUUUUUUUUUUUUUUUGAGAUUUCAGCAGAGAAAAAAUACUUGAUGCAUUUACUAGAGGCUUGGUAAUGCAGUACAUAACAAAUCACUGGGGCUUUUUUUUCUUUCUUGUUUUCAUUAAUGAAUAUGAGCAGCUAGUGGUUUAGGAUAAUGAAAUGCACUAACUUGUUAAAAAAUCUUAUUGUCAUGUAAUGUGAAAUUAUACUAGGAGCAUAAGGUAAUGAUAUUGAUGUUGACAGGCUUGCAGAAAUCUACAGAAAAUAGCAAAUUUCUCUUUAAUGUUUGGGUUAUUACUGUUAAUUGAUUUGGGGUUGGUGUGGCAAAGGGAAGAAUUAUAUAACAAUGGAUUGAAGUGAGACACUAAAUUCUAGCUGUCUGCAUAAAAUGUCACAAAAAGAAAAUAAAUUAUUUUGUUUUGGCCUUA